AUGGCGACACCAUACCAUCCUCAAGCGAGUGGCCAGAUUGAGGUGUCUAAUCUGGAGCUGAAGCGCAUACUGGAGAAAAUCGAUGUCGGCUUAUCGGCUCGUUUAUGGAAAAGCCUGUCAUCUACCUGUGAGCUAGAACACAUAGCCUAUUGGGCGACGAGAACACUAAACUUUGAUUUACAAGUGGUUAGCAAGAAAAGAGUACUGCAGAUCAAUGAGAUGGAUGAGUUCCACAAUGAUGCUUAUGAGAAUGCUCAAUUUACAAAGAUAACAUUAAAAGAUGGCACAAUAAGCAUAUUCUGA